AAUCCUCUGAGUUCACAUACUACAUUAAACUCAUUCUUCAUAACUAACUUUCUCAAUUGCAGUAUCUUAUUUGGAAUGGAUGAAAGCAAGGAAAAAGUGGUUGAAAUCCUAAUUAGAGGAAGAAAUUAUGCAAAGAUGCUGCAAAAUUUACUUCGCCGGAAAGUUGAUAACGAUGGGGUUCCGGUGAGUCCCCAUAUGGGGUUGGCUUGCUCCCUUGACUGGGUACCAAAAUUUUGCUCCGAGGAAACUGGGAAGGACCUGACGCUAGGAGUAAGGAAACGAAGAGGUUCUUACAAGAGGAGGACCAUAGAUUCAAGGGUCAAAACUAGUUGUACGAUUGAAGAUGGUUAUUCAUGGAGAAAAUAUGGUCAAAAAGAGAUCCUCAACUCGAAAUUCCCACGAUGUUACUUCAGAUGUACACACAAACAUGUUCUUGGGUGCAAAGCUUUAAAACAAGUUCAAAAGUUGGAAGAUGAAACAAACAUGUUGCACAUCACAUAUUUUGGCUAUCACACAUGCUCACCUUCAAACACUUUCUCACACCAUGGAGGUGUCCUUGAUCGUAAAGAUUCUAAAAUAUAUCACAAUUUACUAGACAACCCUUUGACUAUUACAAAUGUCCAAACUAACCCCUCGUUGGAAAAAGAUCCAUCAUCACCUAAGGACACAGAAUCAUUAACUACAUUGGUUUGGAAGGAGAUUAUGAUUAAUGAUUUAGAAUGUUUCAAGAACUAUGGGAUUUUAAGUGAUAUCCCAUUCGCCAAUGUAUUUCUUUCUUAGUUUGAUUCGAUAGUUGGAUCUUUUUAGAUAUUGAAAUAUUGUAUUAGUCUAUUCUUUAUGUUUAUGCUAUAAUAUCAAUGCUACCAUACAUGUAAUGUACAUUCUAGAAACACCUUGUUUGUGCUUGGAAUUCAAUAAGACGGACUAAUUAUAUAUAA